CGCGCGGUGCCGGUGAGCGGGUUCGUGGUUCUCCAUCGAUUCUGUCGUUGCUGCUGCCUUUGUGACGGGAUCGCGUCCCCCAGCGAACCUCCUAGUUGCUUAUCGCAGCUUUGCCUCCUCAGCACUCUCCUGUUACUCAAGGAAGUAUUGUCAAGAGCAAAGAGGACAUGGAAACUAAGUCGCUAACUGUCUGGUCCCAGAUACUGGUGACCUUCAAGGAUGUACUUGUGGAAUUCUCCAGGGAGGAAUGGAAGCUGCUGGACAUCACUCAGCAGAUCAUGUACAAAGAUGUGAUGUUGGAGAACUAUAAGAACCUGGUUUCCUUGGGGUAUCAGCUUCCUAAACCAGAUGUGAUCCUCUGGUUGGAGAAAGGGCAAGAACCCUGGCUGGUGGAGAGAAGGAUUCACCAAAAGACCCAUCCCAAUUUGGAGACUGCGGUUGAAAUUAAACCAUCUGUUUCCAGUAAGAGCAUUUUUAAAGAUAAGCAGUCCUCUGACAUUAAAAUGGAAGGAAUGGCAAGGAAUGAUCUCUGGUAUUUGUCAUUAGAAGAAGUCUGGAAAUAUGAAGACCAGUUGGACAAGUAUCAGGAAAACCCAGAGAGACAUUUGAGGCAAGUGACAUUCACCCAAAAGAAAGCACUUACUCAGGAGAGAAUCUGUGAAAGUGGUAGAUAUGGGGGAAACUGUCUUCUUCCUGCUCAGCUAGUACUGAGAGAAUAUUUUCAUAAACGUGACUCACAUACUAAAACUUUAAAACAUGAUUUAGUUCUUAGUGGUCAUCAGGAGAGCUGUGCAAGUAACAGUAAUGAAUGUAGUCAAACCUUCUGUCAAAACAUUCACCUUAUUCAAUUCACAAGAACUUCCAUGGGAGAUAAAUCUUCCAAAUGCCCUGAUAAUGGUAACUCUCUUACUCAUGGCAUAUCCCCAAGUAUAUCAAAGGGCAUACAUAGAGAGAAACCCUAUAAAUGUAAGGAAUGUGGAAAAUUCUUCAGCUGGCGCUCUAAUCUUACUAGGCAUCAGCUUAUUCAUACUGGAGAGAAACCCUAUGAAUGUAAAGAAUGUGGAAAAUCAUUCAGCCGGAGUUCUCACCUCAUUGGACAUCAAAAGACUCAUACUGGCGAGGAACCAUAUGAAUGUAAAGAAUGUGGAAAAUCCUUCAGCUGGUUCUCUCACCUUGUUACCCAUCAGAGAACUCAUACAGGAGACAAACUGUACACAUGUAAUCAGUGUGGAAAGUCUUUUGUUCAUAGCUCUAGGCUUAUUAGGCACCAGAGAACUCAUACUGGAGAGAAACCCUAUGAAUGUCCUGAAUGUGGGAAAUCUUUCAGACAGAGCACACAUCUCAUUUCGCAUCAGAGAACUCAUGUUAGAGUCAGGCCUUAUGAAUGUAAUGAAUGUGGAAAGUCUUACAGCCAGAGAUCUCACCUUGUUGUGCAUUACAGAAUUCACACUGGACUGAAACCUUUUGAGUGUAAAGAUUGUGGAAAAUGCUUUAGUCGAAGCUCUCACCUUUACUCACAUCAAAGAACCCACACUGGAGAAAAACCAUAUGAGUGUCAUGAUUGUGGAAAGUCCUUUAGCCAGAGCUCUGCCCUCAUUGUGCACCAGAGAAUACAUACUGGAGAGAAACCAUAUGAAUGUCGUCAGUGUGGGAAAGCCUUCAUCCGGAAGAAUGAUCUCAUGAAGCAUCAGAGAAUUCAUAUUGGAGAAGAGCACUAUAAAUGCAAUCGGUGUGGCAUGAUCUUCAGCCAGAACUCUCCAUUUGUAGUGCAUCAGAUAGCUCACACUGGAGAGCAAUUCUUAACAUGUAAUCAGUGUGGGACAGCACUUGUUAAUAAUCCUAACCUUAUUAGAUACCAGACAAAUCAUAUUAGAGAAAAUGCCUACUAAUGUAAUGAAUAUGGAACUUUUUCACAAA